GGAUGAUCGUGAAGUCUGUUGGAGCGGCAUUAGAACCGGUUGGCGAGACAUUUGGGGAAGUGAUUUACAAAUGCGAAAUUCAGGAUUUCAAGGCAGCGCAUCCAGAAGUAGACGUGAAGGACGAUAUCAGACCGGGAGAUAUUGUAGCGUCAUACGGCGCUUCAUUCAAAGGUAAAGGUAUCGGACACGGUUCAAUGAAUUUGGGAACAGUCACAAAUGCUCAUGUGGCUAUCGUUGCUGAACAUGACGUGAAGAAAAACAAGUUUAAGGCUUAUGGAGUUUGGCACGGGAAAGUGGAAUUGAUCUCAUAUCGAAUUGAUGAAUUGAAGAGCGGGUCGAUCAAAGUGUUCAGAGUAUUAGAUAAAAAGUUUUUGGAAAAUUGACCAAAAAUAAUUGAUGUUUGGUUAUGUUUAUGUAUAAGUCUGAUUUGAUAACACAUGAGAGACGUUUAUUUUUACUUUGAUUUUAUUUCCCUUGAGAUCAUCAUCAUCUAUUCAUCCAUCUUUCUUUUUGAUCAUUCUAGUUUUGUUUUUCUGUCUCUCUCCAAGUAUGAAGAGAUUUUAGAAUCCUAUUUAUCAAUUUUCAAAUUAACUCAAAUGCAAAUGAACGUUUUGUGGUAUUUGGUAUUUAUUCAAUUUGCUUUAUCAUUACAUGCGCUUAGUCAAUGUUACAUUUUUUGUCAAGUACAGUUUCUUUUUCUUUUGCAAUGUGAUUCAAGUUCUCCUUUCCUCUCAUUUUGGUAUCUUCUAUGGUGUUUGGAAUGUCUCAAUCAACUGUGAGAUAAAUUUUUGGCCUC